AUGGUAGCCAACUCUACUAAAGCUGGGCUCGGCCACUGCUCUUCAAAGCUUCAGUACGACUCCAACUACCCUCCGGAGUGCGAAGAUUACCAGAGCUACACGCAUAUACCUUGGGACUGGCUCAUUGACCUCUCGAACAUCAGCAACUGGCAACCUCUCCUCUCAGGAUGGAAUUUCACCGACGCCUGGCUCCAGGACACACUGAAUCUCCUGGCCGCGGAGGACAUAUUCCGCCUCAAGGACGACUCCCGGCACCAGUACGCCUUCCAGGACUUCUUUUCUCUCGACCCGCCCGGGCGGAAGUUCUCCGAGUCCGUCCAUAUCGCCGCGCUAUUGCGGCGUCCAGAGCGACUCAUCAUGCUCGGCACACUGUUCGGCUCUUCUCGCCUGCAUCUGCGCUCCGAAGAACAUUUCCUCUUUCGCGGACGGGUUCGCGAGCAGAUGGUGUUCACAAACGCGCACCUUGUGGACGUCGCCGGAGCCAUUCGAACAGCACUUGGCGGUUCGUACCUCGCCGUGCACCUUCGGAUAGGCGAUGGCUCCUUCGAGGUGAACGCUACGAAUAUCGUUCGCCGAUCUUGGUGGAAACUGCUUCAAGUCGGCCUCGAGUUCUCGGAUGAAGAAAUCCUAGAGCUCGAGGAAGAGUCCUUCCCAGACGAAGACAACUCAGAACCUCCCAUCUUUGCGCCCGACUUGCCGGCCCUACGCUCACCACAUCCUCCGCUGCGCCCGUUCCCCUCUAAUGCUACUCCUACCUCCGAGUUCCCUUGCCGCGGCCGCCUGCAUAGCGCACCUCGUCUGCGGAGGCUCAACGCUCCCUUGUACAUCGCCACCGAUGCGACCUCGCCUUCGCUUAACCCGCUCCUCUGGCGGUUCCUGCGCACCUUCCCAUGCUCGUUCUUCCUCGAGGACUUCGCGGAACAGACUCGCCCGCUGGAUGCGUUGCGGAGCGAGGUAGACGGGGUGCCGCUCGGGUCGUUCUUGAUGCCGUUCGUGGAAGCGAUGGUGGCGGGACAGGCGUGGCAGGUGAUCGGGACGGAGUCCAGCACGUUCAGCGCGUUCGUGACGGAUGUGCUGUGGAGGAGGUAUCAUGGGUUCCAAAUUGUGCAGAGGGGUUGA